UAUCUAUAGUUUAAUUAUCAAAUAAACAAUGAUUUGGGCUUUCUAAUUAUGAAGACAUAAUAGAUUAAUCCUUGUUUAUAUUAAUGUCCUUAAAUAUCCAUAGUACUUAAAGUUGAACUGUUAGGCCAUUCUUUUAAAAAUUACCUAGUGAUAGUUUAUUCAGACCACAUUUCUUAGUCAAAUUUUGGUGUUGCUAUGGGGUUCUGAUUGUGAAUUGGGCUGAAGUUGAAGGAAAAUUUUAUUAACAGAUUAGUCUCAAGUAGUUUCUUCUGAAAACCUAAUCUUCACAUUAGAUUUACAUUUGAAGUUUUAACUUUGGAUUAUUAUAAAAUUCUCAGAUAUGUGUACUUGAUAUUGAUUCAAUAUUCAUAUUAUUUUUAUUGAAAUAUGACGAUGUUUUAUCUUAGCCAAAAAGUAUGGCUGAAAAUUUGAUGCAGGAAUAAAGAUCCAAUGGUCACAUUGAAUUUGGAAUAAUGACUUUUGGGGGUCAAAGUUUUAAGUUCAUCACUUCGAUGUUACAUAACAAGUGGAAAUGCCCCAAAUAUCAUUAUUCUAAGAUUUAAAGUAUCAGAAAAUGAUGAAGUUGUUCAUACAACAUUGAAUUUUAAAUGUAGGAAAUUUCUUAAAAUUUCAUAUGUAAGUACAUGGUAAUGAUAUAUUAUGUCAUUUAAAAAAUAAAUACCCAAAUUAUCCCAGAAUAAGGUGAACUUCAGUGGUCAAAGUGCCUUAUUUUACAACUCCAGUAUUCAGUGUCAAAUAUUUAGUAAUAAAAACAUAUGAGCUGAUAAAUUGUUUUAAAUACAAAGAGGUAAGGUUACUUAGGCAUGUCUUGAUUUUCCCAAAAUCCAAUUGUAAUAUCAUUGUGAAAACUGCUAAAGGAAAAAUACUGAACUAGAUACUCUCAAGUGAGAUUUGAAAUGUCCCAGUCCUUGAAGGACAUAAAAUUGAAAAUGAUUGCAUUGAGUAGAUAUCGAAUGUAGAGACUAUUUUGGAAAUCAAUGAACGGAUCUAAAAACCACACCAUUAGCCACAUGAUGUCGCUGUAUACCACAAGUCUUGUCGAUGGAACUGUACAGAUCGCCGAAAACUAAAGGAGGAAGCUCCAUUUUGUCACAACCCGAGAGAAGACAAAAACGGUAAGGAGAUUAAUUACUGAAAAUAUAGAAUAAAAAAAGCAUGCUUUUUGAAGUAAAGUGAGAGCGGUACGAAAGGUGUAGCGCUUUUGCGAUGCUGUUUUCCAGGCGAGGAGGCAAGGGAGCCCGGCCCCUGCUGCUCUCACUUCUGCUCUUUGCUGCCUGGGAGGCUGGGAGCGGGCAGGUCCACUACUCGGUCUCCGAGGAGGCCAAACACGGCACCUUCGUGGGCCGCAUCGCCCAGGACCUGGGGCUGGAGCUGGCGGAGCUGGUGCCGCGCCUGUUCCGGGUGGCGUCCAAAGGCCGCGGGGACCUUCUGGAGGUAAAUCUGCAGAAUGGCAUUUUGUUUGUGAAUUCUCGGAUCGAUCGCGAGGAGCUGUGCGGACAGAGCCUGGAGUGCAGCAUCCACCUGGAGGUGAUGGUGGACCGGCCGCUGCAGGUUUUCCAUGUGGAGGUGGAGGUGAAGGACAUUAACGAUAAUCCACCGGUCUUCAGAGAGAGAGAACAAAGGUUAUUUAUUCCUGAAUCUAGACUGCUGGAUUCACGCUUCCCGAUAGAGGGCGCUGCUGAUGCAGACAUUGGUACCAACGCUCUUCUAACGUACACCCUCAGCCCCAGUGAUUAUUUCUCUUUGGAUGUACAGGCAAGUGAUGAACUGAGUAAGUCACUUUCGCUUGAAUUGAGGAAAUCUUUGGACAGGGAAGAAACACCAGAACUUCAUUUAUUAUUGACAGCCACUGACGGGGGCAAACCAGAGCUGGCAAGUACAGUUAAACUGCUGAUCACGGUGCUCGACGUUAAUGAUAACGCCCCAUUGUUUGCUCAGGCCGUGUACAGAGUCCACUUAUUAGAGACUACGGCAAAUGGAACAUUAGUGACCACAUUAAACGCCUCUGACGCUGACGAAGGUGUAAAUGGGGAAAUUGUGUUUUCCUUUGGCAAUGAUGUUCCUCUCAACAUUCAAAAACACUUCAAAAUUGAUCUCAGUUCAGGAGAAAUUAGGCUAAUUGGCAGACUGGAUUAUGAAGAAGCAAAAUCCUACGAAAUUCAGGUAAAAGCAGUUGAUAAAGGAAGUCCUCCAAUGUCAAAUCACUGCAAGGUUUUAGUGAAAGUGCUGGAUGUAAAUGAUAAUGCUCCAGAAUUGGCGGUCACGUCCCUGUCGUUGCCGGUCAGGGAGGACGCUCCACUCAGCACGGUCAUAGCCUUCAUCUCCGUGUCCGACCGUGACUCCGGUGUCAACGGCCAGGUGACCUGCUCCCUGACGCCUCAUGUCCCCUUCAAGCUGGUGUCCACUUUCAAGAAUUACUAUUCGCUGGUGCUGGACAGCGCCUUGGACCGCGAGAGCAUGGAGAACUAUGAGGUGGUGGUGAUAGCGCAGGACGGGGGCUCGCCUUCACUGUCGGCCACGGCCAGCGUGUCCGUGGAGGUGGCCGACGUGAACGACAACGCACCAGCGUUCGCGCAGCCCGAGUACACGGUGUUCGUGAAGGAGAACAACCCGCCUGGCAGCCACAUCUUCACGGUGUCUGCGCGGGACGCUGACGCGCAGGAGAACGCGCGGGUGUCCUACUCGCUGGUGGAGCGGCGCGUGGGCGAGCGUGCGCUGUCGAGCUACGUGUCGGUGCACGCGGAGAGCGGCAAGGUAUACGCGCUGCAGCCGCUGGACCACGAGGAGCUGGAGCUGCUGCAGUUCCAGGUGAGCGCGCGCGACGCGGGCGUGCCGCCUCUGGGCAGCAACGUGACGCUGCAGGUGUUCGUGCUGGACGAGAACGACAACGCGCCCGCGCUGCUGCCGCCUGGGGCGGGCGGCGGGGCCGGCGCGGUGAGCGAGCUGGUGUCGCGGUCGGUGGGCGCGGGCCACGUGGUGGCGAAGGUGCGCGCGGUGGACGCGGACUCUGGCUACAACGCGUGGCUGUCUUUCGAGCUGCAGCCGGCGGCGGGUGGGGGGCGCAGCCCGUUCCGCGUGGGGCUGUACACGGGCGAGAUCAGCACGACUCGCGCCCUGGACGAGGCGGACUCGCCGCGCCAGCGCCUGUUGGUGCUGGUGAAGGACCACGGCGAGCCGGCGCUGACGGCCACGGCCACUGUGCUACUGUCAUUAGUGGAGAGCGGCCAGGCGCCAAAGGCCUCGUCGUGGGCGCAGGUGGGCGCCUCGAGCGCAGAGACGGCGCUGGUGGAUGUCAACGUGUACCUGAUCAUCGCCAUCUGCGCGGUGUCCAGCCUGUUGGUGCUCACGCUGCUGCUGUACACGGCGCUGCGGUGCUCGGCACUGCCCUCCGAGGGUGCUUGCGGGCCGGGGAAGCCCAGGCUGGUGUGCUCCAGCGCGGUGGGGAGCUGGUCGUACUCGCAGCAGAGGAGGCAGAAGGUGUGUUCUGGAGAGGGGCCACCCAAGACCGACCUCAUGGCCUUCAGUCCCUGUGUUCCUCCCGGUCCGAACACACUGCAAGAGAAUGAACAUCCAGAAACAAAUUUGGACCUUUCCGGUAAUGUAAGUCUAAAUUUCAAGCUUUGGCUCUAUUUUUUAAAAAAAUUUAACUUAUCUAACCAUCUUUUCAAAUAUCAGUUUUAAAAAGGUGUUCAAAGUGUUCACUAAAAUUGAAAUAAAUCUUACCAUUUAAUGUAGAUAUUUAUUUAUUACUUGCAGCUGUGCCUUGAAUGGAACUUAGAAACAAACAAAAAAUCAAAUAGGACGAAUUGUCAUAUUCUUUGACUGAAAUAGUAGGAUACUGUCAAAAAAAUACUGAAAUACUAAGUAGUCUUGAUCAUCUCUAACACACGAUCUCAGCGUAGUCAAAUACAGUGACAUUUUCAGGUUUAUUUAUUACCUUUUAUCUCGUAGUGAAAUGUCAUGCCCUGGACAAAUAAUUAUCGG